AUGGCAUGUGGACUUCGUACAAAUCUAAACAGCAUAAUGUUUUGUCGUUGGCUGGUUGCUGGGUAUCUCCUAGCAGUUAGGGUUAUAGCACAAGCGCCCUAUGCCACAGUAUGGAUCUGGACACCCAACCAGAACUGGCUCGAGUUUGGUUGGCACUCUGAUGUAGUGACCGCAACAUCGACCUUGGUCACCGUUAUCAAUACUGUUCUUGAUACAACUAGUACAAUCACGAGUUACCCGCUAGGAUACACUCCUCCGCCUACGAAUGAUGCUGGCACUAGAGUUGAGACGAUUACAUUCACUCGAUCGUUGAAAGCCACGACUACUUCCGGUACAACACAGUGUUCGACAGUGACGACGAACACAGCCUCUGAUUAUUUCGGAGCCACAAAGACACCGAUCACAUCUAACCCUCAACCCACAUCUGGGCCUCUGUUUGCGACUAUGCCGGCCAAUGACACCGAAGGGUUCUCCUACGACUUCGUUCCGGCUGGCAUGGACGAAACGCUUUUUGAAUACCCAUCUGUCGUUGACCUGUUCCCAAAUUCACAGGCUAUCCAAGACUGCAGACCUGGUGGUGCCGGACCGAAUCUGGGCGCAUUCACCGCAACCCAUUGGACUGUCAUAGGAACGAUCAGUUACGACGAUUCAUCUACUACAAGUAGUAAGACUGCCACUCCUUCAACGCCUGCGAGCACAACCACCCUAUCUACUUCUCCUUCAAGACAUACAAGUGUUUCAACCACUGUUGUGGCAACAAGCACUCCCCCUGGUGCUAAGAGCGCGCCCAGUUACACUGUCGAUGAAUCUCCAAAGACCACGCUGAAGACCCGAAGUAUUGCAAGCAGUAUCGAGAGCAGCUUAGAUCAUGAGAUUCCACGAACUUCAUCUUCAGCCAGGCCAAGUGACAAUUCGGCGUUUGGCAAACCCAGUCUCGGCAUCAGCACCCAUGUCCCCGAAUCGUCCCACAUUUCUUUUAGCACCACGAAUGGUAUAUCAACUUUAGAGCAUCAGUCUGACGCUGCUUUCACAGGCGAGUCCGUUAAGUCCGAUUCCGGGUCACAUGCUACCGGAACGCGGACUGGUGCCUCGAGCGUCACUGUAGGACCCGCUUCAACAGUCGUUACGACCACUGACUCGGCAGGUGCAUCGGUUGCAACUACAAUUGCCGUGUCAUCAGCACCCGCCUCUGUAGUGACGACGACGGAUGCGGCGGGUGCAACCACAACCAGCACCGUUGUUGUUGCACCGAGUGAAGCGGGUGGCGGACUUCCUACACAAAGCAGCGGAGGGAGUGUUCCUUCUGGCUCCUCGACACUCCAGUCUGCUGCAGUUAUUAGUCGACGCUUGGAUGCACGUAUCGUGUUGGUUGUGGGUAUUGUGGGGUGCCUAUGGUGA